AUGCAGAUGAGGGCGCCCGGGCGAGCCCCGCGAUUGGCUGCCUCCGCCCACGCCUGGCGAAUCUGCACCAGAGCCUGCAGCGGGGGGAGCCAGACCUCCGCCACCUUGCUGGGCAAAAGCCGGAAGCGCAAGCGGAGCGAGGAGGAGGAGGGGGAGGAGGCGGGGCCUGCCUCGGCCACGCCCUCCAGCGCCCUCUUCAGCAUCUCCGUCUCCAAGCUGCACCAGAGCCUGCAGCGGGGGGAGCCAGACCUCCGCCACCUGGUCCUGGUGGCCAACACCCUCCGGCGCCUCCGGGACGCGACGGAGCCCUCCGCCCCCGGGCCACAGCCGCCUCCGGGCAGGGGGUCCUGGCUGGACGACAGCGACCGGGGUCCUGGCGGGAGACCUCCCCCCUUGCUGCCGCCCCCCCUCGCCCCUGUGGACCAGCUCCUGCUGUCGGACAUGGACGCCUCCGUCUUCUCCUCGAUUCUGGAGGAUUUGACCAGCACGGACGGCUUCAGCAACCCCCUGCGCCCGCCGGAGGCCCAGCCCGAAGACCGGCUGCUGUGCGGGCUGAGCCCGGAGCCCGGAAGGACAGCGCAGCCGGGCCUCGGCCCCCUGGAGCUCCUGGACCCCGGGGGGGCCCUGCUGGAGGAGGGCCUGGACAGCGUUUUCGAGGACAUCGACACCUCCAUGUACGACUGCGACCCCUGGGCCCCCGGCAAGGAGGCCUGCCCCGGCACCCAAGCGGCCAGGCAGGAGCUGGCGGACUUGGACUACCUCCUGGACGUCCUCGUGGGAGCCGAGGCGUUGUGAGGACUCAAGCCGGGGCGCACCGCACGGAGGGGAGUCCCCGUCUCUGCUGGCCUCUGGACUCAACGGUCUCUUGUCCUUGGCACCCCGUGUGUGUGUGUGUGUGGGGUGUCCGGUUAGAAUGCGGGUUGGUGAGGCUGGGCCUCUGGGCAUGGACCAGUGGGGUGUGGGUGUCUGGCCCACUGUGGUCGAACCUGUUUGCCGGAGACAGACAGGCGAGCUUUGCGCAAAGGCGGGCAACCGUUUGUGGAGGUUCAGCCUGGGGGAAGGUGGGGGAGUAGCACAGGGGUGUCCUGGCCGAUGUUCCCUCUGUAUUAAAUGAGCCCCCGCUCCCCCGCAUGGCUUAAAGGGACCACUGGUCCUGAUGCUCCCUCUGAGCUGCGGGGUCUUGUGAGCCAAAACUUCUACUUUGUGAGCU